AAUCCAUCCUGUGCGUGUAUAAAAGCUGUGGAGAAACCGUCGCAACCACUCAAGCAGCUUUUCAGCAACAAGUCGACGUCCAAGAAGACAAAGCCACCGAACAAACGCAGUAAUCGUCAUAGCCCAAGUAAAAAUGGACAGUAAGAAGAUCAUCUUUAUCGCCCUUGUCCUUGUCGCAUCGUGUCAUGCCCACCCCCAAGCUCCUAAAGUUUCCACCACCGACCAAGUCCAAGAGGAGAAGGUAGGCCUUGCGCGACAAGCUUUGGAAGGAGCGACCAAUACCUUGCAAAACAACUUGAUCAGCUCUCUGACCACGUUGGCCAACUCGAGCGCCAUUGCUGGAGCGAAUGUGAGCAAUGCUGCUGCACUCAUGAUCCGAGGUUUGGUCACCAACACCUUUUCACUCGGGAACGUGGUCGCGUACAUGCCUCGUCUCAUCUUCUUGGACGGACCCACCCAAUUCAUCGAGACGCUGCGACUCAUCCGAAGCAAUCAGAUCCGCCUUCCAACUGACAUGUCCAGCGCGAUUGAUACGCUUUUGGUGUUUGCAGGACAGGUUCGUGAUUCGGGGGUUGGCGAAAACUUUUCUCCACUCGUCACCUACUUUCCCAAUAUUUUUGCCGGAGUGGGAGACUUCCUUACCACACUGAUUGAUAGCGUGUUCACCUUUAUCGCCCCAGUUCCAGCCAUCCCAACAGUUGUUGCGGCUGUGCCUACUGCUACGCCAUAAGAAAUGAAUGAAAAUGCAAUGGAAAUAAAGUAAAUUCGAAAUAAAAUAGUUGCGAAAUUAG